UAAAUAAUGAUGCAUUGAACUUUACUUCAUUCAUUGAAACCACUGUUCAACUUCGACCCUAACUAACACCAUCAUCGUCAUCAUCCUUCUUCCUUACAUUACACUUCCUCCUCGAUUCGCCAUCUUCUCUCCUCAAAUCAACAAAGGUUAUUUAAAGAAAUAAUCAUGAGUGGAAAAGCACCAACUUGGUCUGACCAAUGGGGAUCAGGUGGACUUGGCAGUGAUGAGUAUGACGACGGUGAAAUAACGAAGAAGAAUAGUAAGAGCAGUGGAAGUGGCAAGAAGAUGGAAAAUGCAAAGGCUAUGGCAUCAGUUAGUAUGGACAAAGCCAAAUCAGCCGCAAUUGUUGGUGCUGACAAAGCUAAAUCAGCUGCUGUAGUAGGUGCUCAGAAAGUGAAAACUGGAACUUCUGCUGGACUCAAAUGGAUCAAGAAUCAGUACCAGAAAAAGACUUCAAAGUAAAAAAGAACUCACUCAUUUUGUCUUGGACAGUUUCAUUUCAUGUCUUUGUUAAAUACAUCAUUGAUGCUCCAUUAUAGUGAUUGAAUAUUAUGAUUUUGGUUUUUUAAUUUGGAGUACAGCAGUUCAUAAUAGCUUAUUAUAUUUUCUUGGUGGUUUUAUUUUUCAUUUGUUUAUAGGAAAAAUGUGGAUUGCUAUAACUUUGUUUUCUAUCUUUUUGGGAUUGGUUGGUCAAUUGAUAAAUUUCAGAGAUUUUCUUUUACAUCA